AUGCAAACCUCGACAGGUCGAAGUGGGGCAAUUGGCAUUAAGGGAAUGAGUGGAACCCUUAUUCGGGAGACCGAGGGUACAACUCGGAUAGAGGGGAUGCUAAUAAGGACGAGUGAAACCGAUGGCAAGUCCCGUUCACGUUCGUUGUCUCGGGGUAGAGAGAAUGAGAGUAAUAGAAGUCAGGGGCCUGAGUGCCAGCUUUGGUGCUACUUGUGCAAGACAAGUGUGCAUACGCCAGAUCAGUGUAACUCACUGAAGGGGUCAAGGAAAGACAACGGACGCAAUUACAAGGGCACGGGGGUCCCCAUGCUGCUGACGACAAAUAUAGUGUGGCCGAAUGUCGAUUCUGGUAGCAUGUAUAGCCUCAUUACGAGUGAUUCGCUGCGGCGGAUAGCUGAUGAGCCGUAUGACGGGCCGCAGUUGAGCGGAUUGGAUGGUAUGGGAAACCUGGAUCCUUCCCAUUUGGUAUCGCAUAGGCGGUUGGAAGCCCACCUGCUGGUGAAUCAGGAUAGCUUUCCCUUGCGAAAGAGCAGUUCCAUGUGGUCCCGCAAAAAAAUAAUGGGGUGUGAUGUGCUGAUUGGCAUCGAUCAGCUCAGAGACCCCGAAUGGGUGCUGAUGUGGGCGAACAAUAGCAUGAUUGUGGUGCUACAAAUGCUUAAUCGGUAG